AUGCCAAACGACUGGUAUGCCAUCUUAGAGGUCGAGCCAUCAGCCACGGCCGGAGACAUUCGGACUGCUUAUAGAAAGCAGGCACUUCGAUCACAUCCUGAUCGAGCUGCUGCGGAUAACAAGGAGCAAGCAACUGCCAAAUUUAAGCUUGUGGCCGAGGCAUAUGAAGUUCUGAGUGAUGAUCGCCGGCGAUGGGAGUAUGAUCGGUUUGAAUAUCCUCUCUUGUCAGGAGAAAUGCCUGAUGGUUUUGAACCGCAAUCGUCAAUGUCGCCUAACGGACACACGUUUGUGUGGGAAAGCAGCUUUGAUUCAGCGCGGCGCGCACAAGGCCGAAAUGGUGCAGAUGCGUUUGGGCGUGCGCCAUUUGAUCCCUUCGAGUUAUUCAAUUCCAUGUUCUCGCGCGAUUUUCACGAGAUGGAGAUGAACCACGGUUGGGAUAACGGUUUCGCUUCUAUGACUGAUUUACAUGCCAUGCCGGCGUUUGGACGCCCAACAUCGUUUGGAGCGCCACCACCAGGGUUUAUGCAUAAUCCAUUCGCUGGAAUACCAAUGCAUCACGAAUCACCUCUGGGUGGUGUGGGGAUGAGCCCCUUUGGCCUCAUGUCGGGCUUGUCGCCCAUGCACACAAGUGCGCCGGGUGAAUCGGCGUUCUCAACGAGCUCAUCGAGCUUUUCUUUCAAUGGUGGUACGAGUGGAACCGGCGGAACAUCUGAAACGCGCCGCACUACAGUUGUUAAUGGCCGCCGUGAGACUAUCAUAACAAAACGCGACGAGAAAGGGAAUGAGACGGUGCGUCGUAUUUCCCCGGAUGGCGAGACUGUGCACGUGAAUGGCCAACUGCAGUCGGCCAUUGAUGCUGCACCACAGCCCAAAGCGGUCGAAAUGGCCUCUGGUGGCGAGUCGUCCUCGAAAGAGUCAAGAUCAGGCGACUCGACAAACAGUCAGUCGUCGCGUCGUAAAAAGUGGCUGUUUUUCGGAUAG